AUGACAAAAACAUCAAUGAUUAUUUAUAAUAAAAUAAUUUUGACAUUUUCCGCAAUAACUUUUACCCUCAUCGUCGCCUGCCCAGAUUUACAGCCCAAUAAUGUCCGCAGUUGGAGUCGGUUAAGAAGUUCGCAAACUGUUCAAGUUUCAAAUAUAAGAAAUUUAUCAUCGUGGUGCACAUGUUCAAGUGAACUUAUUGACGUUGAGAAUGAGACUGACUGCCACUGUGAAGGUAGAAAUUUAACAGAAAUUCCACAAUACUUAGACAACGUAACACUAUUGUCGAUAGCAAAUGCGAGAAUUAAAGCUUUAAGGGAGUAUGGUGUGGGGCGAUAUUCUAAGAAUUUAAAGGAUCUAUUUUUAAUAAAUCUAAAAGAAUUUUGCUACGUUGAACCGUACGUUUUCAGAGAGUUUAUACAUUUGAGAACAAUUUACAUUUCACAUUCACCAAAGCUUCAAUAUCUUCCAGCUGAAGUCUUUUAUCACACAUCAAAGAGCUUUAAGACACUACGAAUCAUUCAUUCCGGUUUAAUAGAAAUUCCUGAUCUGAAAUUUUUGUCAAAGACUGACAUUUUGCUUCAAUUAGAUUUUGAGGGAAACUUAAUCACGGAAAUUCCUGAAAAUUCUUUUCAAAUCAAAACGGAGCAGUUAAUUCUAGACAACAAUGUGAUUUCAACAAUUUAUCGGCGAGCUUUUAGUGGUUCAGAAAUUGGAAAAUUGAGCUUAAAAGGAAACAAGAAUUUAUGCACACUACAUGAGCUGGCAUUCGAUGGAAUCAUGACAAUUCGAGAGCUGGACUUGUCAAGCUCAUCAAUUGAGUCUCUGUCAACGAAAGGUCUUGAAAAGCUUGAAAUUCUUCGCAUACAAAACACUCCGUCAUUAAAGGAAAUUCCAUCAGUUUACAACUUUAAGAAUUUAGAAAAAGCUUACUUAACGCACCCAUUUCAUUGCUGUGCAUUCAAGUUUCCAUCACGUCACGACCCGCGACGUUAUAACGAACAUUUGCAGUUGAUAAAGCUUUCAAAGCACGACUGUGAAUCAAAACUGAAGAUGAAUGAGAGUUCGAGUGUGUUGAAUUAUUCGAUUAGGGAUGUCAGAGCGAUAAAAUUUAACGAGAGCGACAAAAUGACGGAGGCAAUGGGAUUGAUGGAUUUAUAUGACACAACGGAAACUGGCACUGAUAAUGAUAUUGAUAGAAUGGGAACAUUUAUGAACGGUCCUGUUGAUCCGCAUGAGAAUUUUGAGGCAAUGUGUGGAAAGUUUAAUUUUGCUACAAAAAAGGUUGUCGCAUGCUUUCCAAAACCAGAUGCAUUGAAUCCUUGUGAAGAUGUCUUUGAAUUAAUAUGGCUCAGAGUGUCUGUUUGGAUAGUAAUAUCAUUGUCUGUGGUUGGGAAUGUAGCUGUAUUGAUUGUUUUGCUUUCAAACCAAAGCGAAAUAACUGUUCCCAAAUUACUUGUUUGUAAUUUGGCAUUUGCAGACUUGUGCAUUGGAGUUUAUCUGUUUCUCAUUGCACUGAUUGAUUUAUAUUCCACAAAUGAAUACUUUAAUUAUGCAUUUGACUGGCAGUAUGGUAUAGGCUGCAAGUCAGCAGGCUUCCUAAAUGUUUUCGCAGCACAUCUGUCAAUAUUUACUCUUACAAUCAUCACAAUAGAACGUUGGUUUGCAAUAACAAAAGCAGUUUUCAUUAAUCGCCGGUUAAAAAAACGAACAGCAAUUUAUAUUAUGAUUUGUGGAUGGAUAUACUCGAUAAUUAUGGCAAUGCUGCCUUUGUUUGGAAUAAGUAAUUAUUCAUCGACUAGCAUUUGCAUCCCUAUGGAAUUGAAUGACUUACCGGACAAAUUUUACUUAAUAACAGCAGUAGUACUCAAUUCAUUGGGAUUCAUUAUCGUUGUGGUUUGUUACAUUCAAAUUUAUCUGAAUCUGGGAAAUCAAGACUUUACCAAGCCACAUGCAUCAAAUCGAGACAUGGUUGUGGCAAAGAAGAUGGCUUUAUUGGUCUUCACAAACUUUGCAUGUCUUGCUCCAAUAAUAUUUUUUACAAUUUUUGCACUAGCUGGUCACAGCUUAAUAACAGUCACACAGUCAAAAUUCAUCAUUGUUUUCUUUUAUCCCCUCAAUUCCUGCGCCAACCCAUACCUUUAUGCCAUCCUUACGUCACAGUAUCGACGCGAUGCAAUUAUGCUUGUUUCAAAACUUGGAAUUUUCAAGAAUUACGCAAAUCGAUACAAGCAUGUCUAUCGUCAUCCAUCAAAUUCAAUUCCAUUAAAUACAAUAAACGGAUCACAAUGUUCCAAUUUGAGGAAGGCAAAUGGUGAAAAGUUGAUAACUUUAUGCACUUAA